AUGGCGGCCCACGACUCACCGGAGAGUCUGUACCGAGUUCUCUUCGAUCGGUGCCAGAGUCUGGAGGCGACCCACGCCAGGCUCAGAGCAGAGCUUCAUGAGCUUCGGCACCACGGGAGGAAGAACAAGGAGAAGCGAGAAGAAGACGAUGCGGUGCUGACGUCAGACUAUUCUGGUUCGAGCUUCCAUCUGCCCGGGUUCUUCCUCUCUGGCAGUCCGUACAAGGGCGUAUUGGACUCCAUGGGCCACGCCGUUCAUGUGUGCACAGCUUCCUCUGGAGAGAUCAAUUACUGGAAUCGUUCUGCUGAGAAUCUCUAUGGAUGGAAGGACUAUGAAGUCCUUGGGCAAAGGGUUGCUGAGCUCCUCAUUGCUGAAGAUUACCAUGCACUUCUAAAGAGAAUCAUGGAAAGUUUGAGACUUGGGCUAUCAUGGUCAGGUCAGUUCCCUUUUAAGAAGAGGUCUGGAGAAAUAUUUAUGGCGAUGGUGACCAAAAGCCCUUUAUAUGAAGAUGGUGAGCUUGUCGGUAUUAUCACAGUUUCAACUGAUGCGGCAUUGUGUAAUAGAACAGAAUCAGAUCUGAGAGCAUUCAAGGAUCUUGCCAAUGCCCAACAUAGAGGAUGGCAGUUAAAGUACCCGCGACCACCUGUUGUACCAGUGCCACAGAUUGCAUCAUCUGUUUCUAAUCUGGCCUCAAAACUUCUAUCAAAAAAUGGAGAUGAUGUGUGCAAUUCAAGUGUGAUGGACAAGGUCAGGGAGGACUCUACAACAGACACUGAAGAUGCUAACUUAGAGAAACCUGGUACGCUGGCAGUAAAGUUCUUGGCAAAGCUGCAAAUUAUAGGAACCAACAAAGGUGGGAAACAAGAGGAUCCUAAUUCCCCAAGAAAGUCAAAAGGAUCAAGUUCAUGCCACUGCUUUGUUGAUACAGACAGUAAGGAAGAAAGAUCCAACAAAAUAAAUUCUUCUCUCGAAGAUAAGAGAACUCAUUCAAAUGUAUUUUGGCAAAAAAAUCCAAUUCCUUCAGGCGAGAAUUCUGUUUUAGCCUCUUCAAGGGAGUGCAACGAAUGUUUUAGGUUAUCCAGACCAGGUUAUCCGAAACCUGAAGAACACAACUUGAAUGCUUUAGAGAUACAAGAUGCAGUGCAUGAACAAAAUGGUAAACAAUUACCAGGUUCUGUGGAGAGCAUUGGCAACCAUGGUAGUUGUUCAAGCAAAGGUGUUAAUGACUCUAAUCCCAGGGAGGAUUGUGAGAUUCACUGGGAUGACUUGCAUUUGGGAGAGGCAAUUGGACACGGUUCAUGUGCCAUUGUUUAUCGUGGAAUCUGGAAUGGAUCGGUUGUUGCCAUUAAGGUGUACUUCAAAAAUGAAUAUAGUGAGGGGAUUUUACAUGACUACAAAAAGGAGAUUGAUAUAAUGAAAAGAUUGCGGCAUCCUAAUGUUUUGUUGUUUAUGGGAGCAAUAUGUUCACAAGAACGGCUUGCCAUUGUUACAGAGUACUUACCUAGGGGAAGUCUCUUUAAACAACUUCACAAGAACAAUCAGACAUUAGACAUCAGACGACGGCUAAUGAUGGCCCUUGAUGUUGCUAGAGGCAUGAAUUACUUGCAUCAUAGGAAUCCACCUAUAGUUCACAGAGACUUAAAAUCGUCUAACCUGCUGGUUGAUAAGAACUGGACUGUGAAGGUUGGUGACUUUGGCUUGUCGAAAUUGAAGAAUGCAACCUUCUUGACUGCAAAAUCUGGAAGAGGAACACCUCAGUGGAUGGCCCCUGAAGUCCUUCGAAAUGAACCUUCAAAUGAGAAGUCUGAUGUGUUUAGCUUUGGUGUCAUCCUGUGGGAACUAAUGACCGAAUCGAUUCCAUGGAAUAACCUCAAUUAUUUACAGGUUGUUGGAAUUGUAGGAUUUACGGAUAGAAGAUUAGACAUACCAGAAGGCCUCGACCCCCAAGUCGUGUUGGUCAUCGAAGACUGUUGGCGAAGUGACCCAGAACAGCGGCCAUCAUUUGAAGACAUAAUUCAGAGAAUGAAGGGUCUGGUCCACAAAGUUGCAGCACCAUCUGUAAGAAGGAGCUCAGAAGCUUAG